AUGAAAGUCUAUAUUACCAUAAAGUUUGGUCAAGAUCUUAUCCUAAUAAGCAAAAACUCGAAAAUUCACCAAGUCUUGUGUUGUGGCUUGUUUGGCACUGCUUAUAUUAUCUUCCAUAUUUCUCUUACAAUUUUCGAGUUUUUGCCUCUCUUCUCUUCUUCUUGUCUCUAUCCUUCUCUUGGUGUUGAUGUUGUUGGUGCUGGUACUGGUGCUGGUGCUUUGAACUCUGCUCUCUUCCCUCCUGCUCCCUCCCCCAACUAUUUUCGCAUUUUUGACCAUUUGGCAAGUCUUUUCUCUGACUCUCACUUCCUCCUGUCUAAUCCUCUCCUUCUAGCUCCCUUCCCUCCUCUUCCCUCAAGAAUUUUCGCAAUUUUCACUAUUUGUUCUCUUGCCUCUUCUCCUGUAAUUUUCGCAUUUUUGCCUGUUUUGUAGUUAUUAGUUUACAUGUAUUGUAGUAGUUGAAAUAUAAUUUGGAAUUUUCGUUUU